AUGUUCAAGUGCAUCCGUAGUUGCGCUAGUAGUGAAACUUGUCGACGCACUACUACUACUUCAUAUAGGAUUUCUUUGAUCUCCUCUUCUCAUCCUUGCACGAGUUCUUUUGGAUGGAAAUAUGAAAAGCCUUUGAAGAGAUUGCAUAAAGCCUUUUUGUAUUCCAAUAAUAGGUCAUGGAUCAAUGAGAGAGAUCAUUCAUCUUAUGGACAUUAUUCUCAAUCGGUAACAACUCGAUCAAAACAGGAGCAGCACCAUCAUGAAAAACCUGUUCUUAUUACCGCUGCUCUCACCGGAGAUGUUCCUUCUAAAAACAGACAUAUGCGUGUACCACUCACUCCAGAAGAAAUUAUUCAAGACACCUGCGAGGUGUUUGAGGCUGGUGCUCGGAUGAUUCAUGUUCAUGUUCGUGAUGAUGAAGGAAAGCCAACCUACAAGUAUGAAUAUUAUGAAAGAGUAUUAGAAGGAGUUCGUAAGAAUUGUCCAGAGAUGAUUGUACAAUUUAGCACUGGCAAUUAUGCUCCAAAUGUUGAAGAACGAGUGAAAUGUUUUCAAUUAGAACAAAAACCUGAUAUGGGUAGUUGGACACCUGGAUCUACAAAUUUUUUACCUGCACGUAAAGGAAGUGAUAUUUAUUGGAAUACCAAUGAAGAUGUGGAAGAAAUACUUAAGGUUAUGAAAGAAAAUGGAAUUAGACCUGAUGUAGCAAUUUUUGAUGCCUCUAUGCUUUAUAGAACACACAUGUUAAUGAAAUUAGGAUGGAUAACAGCUCCUGUUCGAUUAAUGUUUGUUUUUGGUGGUUAUAUGGCUCUUCCUCCAAGGGAAUCUUUAAUCAAAUUCUUCGUUUCUGAAUGUGACGAAUUAUUUGGCAGAGAAAAUUACACUUGGUGUGGAGUUGGAAUUGGAUGGAAUCAUUCACAACUACAACGAAUGACCUUACUGAAUGGAGGACAUCCCAGAACUGGUUUUGAAGAUUCGUUUCUCAUUAAGAGAAGAGUGAUUGCAAAGAGUAACAAACAGCUGGUUCAACAUUUAGCUGAAAUUUGUGAAGAAUUUGAAAGACCAAUCGCAACUCCCCAACAAGCACGUGAAAUUCUUGGGUUGAAUGUUGCGAUUGACACAAACAUUGAAGGGUUGAUAUUGCCCACCAAAGCUAGUGGUGUUUUUGGUUGGUCGCAAGAAAAUUCUAAUGAUCUCUAUGUGAGAAAUGAAAAAGAAAGUCCAAACAAAUAUGUAAUUUAA